GGCAUUGUCAAUUUUGACGUUUGUGGAUAUGUAAUUUGUAAAGUAAAACGUAGUGAUAUGAAAGUACAAUUAAACGCUUAUGAGUUCUGGUUGUGAUUAAUACGAAUAUUGCAUGUUUUUAAGAAAUUAACAAGAAUUAAAUUGUCGAAUUACGAGGAAGUGAUCUGAAUGUUGUUUAAUGAACGGGCCGACCUCAUACGAAGUAAUUCAUUGUCGUUAUAGCGCCCACGCGACGCGAGCAAUCAUGUAAUUUGCGUGAUAGGAAGUGAGUGCUCCAGAAUUGGAAGAGACCUUACCGUGUGCAGUCAACCGAGGUUAGUUAUUGAUCUCACAAUAUUAGUCAUAUCGUGGAUAAAACUGUUGGCAUUGUGAGUCAUUCCGCGUUCAGCUUGUCGUCUUUCGUUCUUAUUUCACAUUCAAAGUGCAAAAAAUGUCACGUAUAAGACCCCAAUGGCAAUUACAAGCUCUGGCUGCUCAGAAACGUGAUAAUGAAAUAAGACGAGCAGAAGAAGUCAAGAAAGUUGCCAAUUAUUUUGAAAUUAACACAAAUAAAUCCAGACAUCAUGAACAGUGGACUACAGAAAGAUAUUAUGAGAGAGCUAAAAAAGAGUCUGAAUUACUUAGUGAAAAAAAAAUUAAAGCUGCACAAUUGGAAGAGAGGCGGAAAAAAUUAGAGAGCAUGUUGUUUCAAGAGAACAUACAGUACCAGCAGGAGAUCAAAGUAUUGGCAGCACAACCUAAAUACUAUAAAAAUGGGUCAUACCUAAAUGAUGUACCGACGUCAACUCUGCGAGAUAUCAAUCAAGGUAUUAUAGCCAAAGAGGAACAGAUGAGGAAGCAGGAAGCUGAACUAAAGCUUUAUCAUGCUUGGAGGUUAAGGCAGCCAGAGAUCAGGGCCGCCACUACAUAUGUCAAUGGCGCAAAAUUAAAAUCUGCCUGGAUGGAACAAAUAGUAGAGAAAGAGUUGCAGAAAAAAAAAGAAGAAGAGGAAACACGUAAGCUCCUGCAAGAAAGGGAUGAAGCUUUAAGGAAACAAAUAGAGAUUGAGCAAGAGAGACUAAAAACAAAGGAAAUACAGAUGAAGGAUCUUAGGAAUAGCUUACAGGAUCAAAUAGCAGAAUUAAGUGAGAAAGAGAGUGCGGUAAAAGUUCUUAGAAAACAAGAAGAGAGGGAAAGACAAAUAUUAGAAGAACUGCAGUUUAUAGCAAAUGAGAGAGAAAAAGAAUUCGCAAGGCUAAUGUCUGAAAGAGAUGUCCAAAUCAUUAAUAUGGGCCUACAUAAAUAUAAACUUAAACGAAAAGUAGUUGCUGUUAUGGCAGAAAUAGAUCUGGAAUUGCAAAUGUUAGAUAGAAUUAGAAAAAGCGUCCUGAAGGAUUACGAAGCGGAUCGUGAAAAAAGCGCGAAAUACAAAAGCGUUUUGGACGCGGCUUUGCAAGAGUUGGAAGAGCACAGAGAGAGGGAGAGACAGAGACAAAAGAACAUCGAGGCCAUGUAUGACGGUGAGGCGAGGCAGAUAAAUGAAAAGCAAGAUAAGCUUUGGGAAAAAGAAAGAGAAGCUCGCAGUCUUCUGAUGAGGAAAGUUGUGGAAACAUUAAAAAAGCAAUUGAAUGAAAAGAUACAGUACAAUAUCAAGCUACAGAGAGAGAAUGUUCUAGAACGCGAGAAGAUUCUGGAACAGAUGGACAGCUUCAAUCAGGAAGUAUGCUCCAAAGAGAAAGAAAAACAGCUCAAAAAUAUUUCCACUUCCACAAUACAAACCCUUCAAGCUCAGCUAAAUAGCCUCCGCCUUCAGCAGUCACAGCUCGAGGACUCAUUGCAGAGGGAGGAGGAACUACGAGCUGAGGCUCUAAGGGAGAAAUUGGUUCGAGCUGAGAUAGCAAGGGUACAGCGAGAGGGCAGCACAAAGGCCUGGGCAUAAAUAUAUUGACGGAUGGUUUGAUUGAUGACUUGAUGGAUGGCUUGAUGACAAUUUUAUAACAAUUUAAAUGAGAAUUUACUUUAGGAAAAUAUUUCCCUAUAAUGGUUUUAUACAAAUACUCGUAUUUAAAGACAUCACACUCACUGGUAUCUUGUGAGUGAUAUUUUAAAAUAAGUGCCUUUAAAUAAUUAAUUGUAUCGGAUUUUGCACCUCCAUCCAACAUUCCAAGGUUGGUUUUAAAACCUUAUUUUAUUGUGUGGUGUGUUUGUGUGUGACAUGAGUAUUGUAAUAAAUAGGUUUUUAUUUAACUAUACUAACCGUAACCUAAGUAAUACUUUAAUGAUUUUUGACAAAUAAUUUAAUUUAAGAUCAAAAAUUAGAUUAAUACCACCAGCUCGCCAUAUUUUAUCAGAGUUUUAUUGUGUGUGUGCAAAAUGAAUUAACAUAUUUUAUAUGUUAUGUGCAUUUUUAAUUUAAUAAUUAAACCUGGUGAUGUUUAUAUAUUGGAGGAAGAGAUUUUUUAUCUGUUGAACAAUUUUAAUGGGAUGACAUAUAAUUUAAUUUCAAUUAUGAAAUCUAGAAUGAGUGAAAUUACCACUACUAAUAAUUUUACAUAACGACUAUUAUAUUUUUAAACAUUAAAUAUGUCAAUAGCUCAUUAGUCUUGAUAUGCAUUUAAACUGGGAUUAAUGUCCAGAAGGUAAUACCUAACCGAGACUGAAUUUUAUAGUAACAGUAUUUGACAGUAAUAUUAGUUUUUAAGUUCAAAUAGGUCGUAUAGGAAAUAAAAGGCUGGUUUAUGAAGACAUGAUUUCUUAAGUACAUAUAUAAUGUUGUGACUAAGGACUGUAAUAUGAAUUCAGUCUGAACUUUUUAUAAUUAUACAUUUUGCCUAUAAAAUGUAUAUGAACGGAGAAUAAACUUAAUUUACUAUGAAUAAUAAAAGACUUUUAUAUUUUUAAAUGUCGAAAGAGGAUUUGAUUUGGUGUGAGAAUAAAAUUAUAAUAUGA